AGCGUUGAAGCGAGAAAAAAAAAAAAAAAAAAAAAAAAAAAACCUUUGUUAACUCAAAACUCCCACUGAUUUCGUUUGAUCGUUUCUGUGCUUCCCUCAAAUCACACCUUUUGCAAAAUUAGGAAAUGGGGCUUCUUCUUGAGAAACACUUUGCUUUCUAUGGGGCUUAUCACAGCAACCCAAUUAACAUAGCAAUCCAUAUGAUAUUUGUUUGGCCAAUCUUUUUCACUGUUGUUCUUCUCUUCAAUUUCAUACCACUUCCUUUUGAUCUCCCUCACGUCGAUUUUUCUUUAUUUGGGAAUAAUGUUAUUCUAAUUUUUAACUUUGGGUUUUUGCUGACUUUAAUCUACGCUAUGUUCUAUGUCUGCUUUGAUUAUAAAGCUGGUUCGUUGGCUGCUUUACUCUGUCUCUUUUGUUGGAUUGCAAGUAGUGUUCUUGCAAGUCUCCUAGGGUUUCAACUCGCAUGGAAGGUUGUUCUUGUUGUGCAAUUGGUUUCUUGGAUUGCUCAAUUUGUAGGACAUGGUGCAUUUGAGAGAAGAGCACCAGCCCUUCUAGACAACAUUUUACAAGCCUUCUUAAUGGCCCCAUUCUUUGUUUUAUUUGAGGCACUCCAUAACUUUUUUGGGUACGAACCAUAUCCUGGAUUUCAUGUUCGUGUGACAUCAAUGGUACAUGAAGAAAUAGAAGAUUAUAGAAACAUGAAGGGAGAAUUACUAUCGUAGUGUAAUAAUCCAAAUAUGAUUGAAGAUCAUAAUUCAUACAACAUAAUCUAUAUAUAUUUUAACGAAAUUGGAAAGUAUUUUACGAACGCUUUGAAACUGUAAUCUUUAAUCCAUUUGCCAUUGACAGAAUUGUCAUCAUUCUGUAAUCCACCACAUGUCCUUUCACCAAUUCGAACUUGAAAAAUCGACACAAAAUUGCAAGCGCCAUUUUCAUUUGUAGUGAAUUUGAAAGGAGAUGCGUUUUGGAAAAACCCAUCUUUAAGCCAUCUUUCGGGCUUAAAUUGAUUUGCAUCUGGGCCCCAAUUGUACUCCAUUCGUCCCAUCGAAUAAGCAGGAUACAACCGAAGCGUUUCUGUGAUGACAGCAUGCAAAUAGUACAACUUUCCAAGCGAAUCAUAACUCAUAAGUUCUGC